CAUCAACACCCAUCUGUCAGAAAUGACUGUGAUCGUACUUUUUGGCGUAUUUAUGGUUUAAAUGUGUAAAUAAUCGGCAUGAUGCAUCCUGCAACAAACGUACCAAACCAGUCGGAAUUGCCCGCAGAAUUGUGCGCUAAACCUUUAGCUUUAGUGGGUAUUUCGGGGUUAGAUACGGUGAACAAUGCAACCCACAAAUCUAUAUGGGAGUUAUUUAGCGGUAGCAGACGUGUUGAUAGGGCUCCCGUGCUCUUUAAGCUCAUCAAAAAUGAUCACGAGUUCCCGGUCAUUAAACCUAAAAGGAACUCCUAUGAUUGGUACAUUCCCAAGGGGAUUCUCAAGAGGAAUUGGAUGAACAAACAUUUGUUCGAGAUUCCGGCUGUGAUGGUUAUUUUGUACGAUUUAGACUGGAACGACCCGUAUUGGAGCGAGAAGAUGAUUGAGUGUGCUUCUAGAGUUCAGUCUAUGAGGGCUGCUUUGGAGGGUAGAGACACAAGAAUAGUGGUGGUUUUAAUACAAAAUGUCCUCUCAAUCCCUGCAAAUGAAGAUUCUUUGGCCUCAGAUCGAGCCAUAGCUUUGUGCUCAAGCUGCGAGUUAAACUCUGGUUCUUUGUUUGUUUUGCCUCAUGGAGAUCAUUUGCAGGGCUACAUAAUAAGACUGGAGAACGCUUUUUACGAGUUUUCCCAAACAUACUAUCACAACACUGCUAAGAACGUCAAGUCCCACAAAGAGCAUCUCAAUAAGAAUACCCAUCAGUUCUUACUGGUCAGGCAUCAGUUUAAGAUGGGGUUUUUGCAUGAAAUGAAGCAGGACAUCCAUAUUGCUCACAAACAUUAUACUUAUGCCUACAACAGUCUCCUAGAAAUACGAAUAGUGGAUACAAACGCGUUGGAAAUUCGUACGAUAGCCGGUUUUAUAAACUCUAAACUGUGCAGGCUAUUUUUCUCCCUUAAUUUGCCAAGAGAUGCCAUUUCUCACUUCAAAAGCCACAUUGACAAGUUCAAGAGCAGAAUCGGUUUUCAGGAGUUAGUCUUUGAGCACUUUGCUUGGCUCUCAAAGCAGUAUGCUAUGUUUGGGGAUAUUUUUGAUGAGGCUGUUAAAAUGGGCUUGCCGGCUGUUCAGACCCAGCAUCCAGGUCUGUAUUAUCAGCAGGCCGCUCAGUAUGCUAUAAUUAGGAAGAGAGUUUGUCAGGAAUUAUGUUCACAAAUUAUCGCGUAUCCUCAACCUGACCCGCUAGAAGGCGGAAACAGCAUGGAAUUUUUCGGUCAAAGACCAUGGAGGCCUGGUAAAAUGUCCUCUGAACCUCCAGACCCACAUUUAGAGUCGAACGGCAUUCAAGCUGUGCAAUUUUUAGAAAAACUCGCCAACCACUCUAAUAUCAUUAUAGCGUUGUACGGACUAGCAAUAUCCCAAUUCAAAACUUACAAAUGUCCUAGGACUAGGCGGCAUUUAGUUUUGCAAAUGGCCGACGAGUAUUAUAAUUCCAAAGACUACGGAAAGGCCCUAACUCUUUUGACACAUAUGCUAUGGGAUUUUCGCACGGAAAAAUGGUGGUCAAUUCUUUCGGAUAUUUUGCAGAAAGCAAUCAAAUGUGCAUAUCUUACAGCAAAUAUCCAAGAUUACAUUUUGUUGGCUCUGGAGUUGCUAGGUGAUAACGUAACGUUGGAUAUCGAUGAUAAAAAGCGGAUUUACGAAAACGUCCAGAGGAUUUUGAAGAAACAAAUUCCCUACGGGGACCCUAAACUCCCUCACGACGUACUGCAAAACGCCAUCAUAAUAUGGCAGCCAGUGUUCCAAACGCAAACCCUAAACUUCCAACUGGACAUGGCGAACAUCCAGAGCUGCGUGGAAAUCAAGGCGAGUUUCUUGAAGGAAACGUACGAGGUCGACCAGAAAAUCGCCGCGGAAAUUUACAUUAAAAGCACUUGCCCGUUUCCCAUUAGUUUUCAAGGGAUUUCUGUCCUAGUCAACAGCCCUAAUUUGAGUAACGAAUACUCGAUAAAUAGAAAGGAGAAUAAAGCGUUGAGUUUUCAAAAUAACGAGAUGAAGAGGUUUGAGGUUGAGUUCAUGAGCGAUCCGAAUAAUAUCAACAAACAAAUACAGAUUGGGGGUGUAAUCGUAAUAAUGGGAAACCCAUCAGAAUGUUACUUUGAACUAAAAUUUAGCAACUCCUGUGGUGAAAGUAAGGUUGCCUUGACAAAACAAAAUUCGAAUAAACCGAAUUUCGACCAAAUUGCACCCUUAAUUGUGGCAACUAUAGUACCCAGAUAUUCAAAAUUGCGGGUUAAUUUUGAACACAAUAAACCCGCUUUGUUGGGCGAGUGGUACGAAAUAAAAGUGCAGGUUGAUAAUGACGAAAAAUUUAGUGUCGACGAUUUCAAGAUCGAAGCAAAUUUGGUCGAUGAAGAUACCUCAGAUGUGGAGUUUUCUCUGGUUCCAACCGGUUCAAUCGAAAAACUACCCGUAACGUUAAAAACCCCGGCAUUUUUACCCCUCAAGGGUAAAGUCACGGCCAGCGUAUACUUAAGGGGUCACAAAACAGGCGAAAAAAACGUUGAGGUUAAAAUAACGUACACUUUAAAUAGAGAGCAACCUGUUAUAAGUAUUAAAAGGGAGGUUAUAACUUUACCGUUCGUGCAACCUUUUGAGGUGAAAACCAAGUUUAUUUCCUUCAUAAUGGCCGAUAUAAAGAAAUUGUAUAUGGGGGAGGAGUUUGGAGUUAUGCCUACAAUACACUGUAUGUCCCCAUGGCCAAUUGAAAUUGAGAAUACUAGUUUUGAGUUUAUUUCUCCUAUUAGAUCCUUAGAACCAGAUAAUGAAAGUCAAGUUGCGGGGAACACCCUGUAUACCAAUGAAGAUGGGGCUGAAUUAUAUUUGGCAGUUUGUGAAAAAUCUUCUGAACACAAUGUGCAGAUAGGACAGUAUAGUGUUAAGUGGAAACGUGAAAACGGUAAAGAAGGUGCUAUAAGCCACACGUCUAUUUUCGGUCUUCCAUGUGAGUGGAUACCUCUAGGUAUAAAACUAGUCGCCCCUGCUCAUGGUUUAGUUAGAACUCCUAUGAUUAUAACCUACGAAUUGCAAAACCGAUCUCAACAACUUAUAGAGCUAGAUGUAGCGAUGGAAGCCACGGAAGCUUUCAUGUUUGCCGGUUACAAACAGUUUUCCAUAUCUAUUCUACCAAACUCAAAACGAAAUCUGCAAUACAACUUAUACCCCUUGCUGGCUGGUAGUGUAGCACUACCCAAGUUAACCCUAAGCAUUCCAGAGAAUACCGUUGAAGGUCCUGCAUUAAGAGAAGAACAUUUGAAAGACCUUUUAGAAAGGGCUCUGCCUACCCACUUAUACGUUAUGCCUCAGGCAAAGGGGAACCCAAUAAUGCCAGAAAUAGUAAAACUAACAAUUUAAUAUGAAAUUAAGCUGUACAAUGUUAUUCGUUAUUUAAAUUAUAUAAUUGUUUUAUAUUUAAUAAAUUUUAUAUAAA